AUGUCCAUUUCCAACGAGUCAAAUACCUCAGUGUCGUCCGCUUCAACACCAACAUCAACAACAACCCCUUCACAUUCAACCUCAAUCACUUCUUCUGCUGAAUCCUCCGCUGACGAGAAGGGAAGAUUCUUGUUACUCCAUAAGGAAAUGAUUUAUAAUAAAGAUGCUCCAAACAACUUGUCUUUGCCGUCAAUGGACCAUGUACUCAAGAAUAUAGAAUCUUAUCAAAAUGAACAACAACUAAGUGAUUCUCAACUCUUGUUAGAAUUCAAUCAAAGAAAUUCUCAAUCAAGUGAACAUGUCCAAACAUCACCAGAACAAGAUUCAAACACCAUCUCCCAAUAUCAACAACAAUACACGUUUCAACAAAGAUCUGAAUCAACAAACUCAAUAGAGGCCUUCCAAAAUGAACUCAAACAAGAACAACAACAACAACAUCAUCAGCCAAUACCACAUCAUAGUCUAAGCCAGCCUCAGAUACCGACUACAAAGUCUCAACAACGACCAUCUCACAUUCAUAGAAAUUCCACAUCAAAUGCAAUAACAAGCUUGAAAAGAUCCACAACCCCAUUAUCAAUCAAUACCAUGGAUGAUGAUUAUGAUUCUCGUGACAGUUCUGUUGACUCAGGCCUAGAUUCGCCAAAUUUAACACCAAAUGGUUCAAAUAACAAAAAGAGAACAAAUUUACCAAGGGAAACUAUUGAGAUUUUGAAUGAAUGGAUUCUAAACAAUAUGGAUAAUCCUUAUCCAAAUCAUACCCAGAAAAGAUUGUUAUUGGAGCAGACUGGUCUAAGUAAUGUUCAGUUGAGUAAUUGGUUUAUUAAUAAAAGAAGAAGAAGAUUGUUUAGUAAUCUUAGUGGGAAUAAUGGUCAACCUAUAAAGAAGAAAAGAUUGAUUGAUAGAUUGUGA